AAUAAUAAGCGAGUCAAUGAAAUUUAAUGGAAAAUUGGUACUACUGUUAUUAUAGUAGCCAUUUGAAUAUUUAAAAGUACCCAGUUAUUUUCUAUUAAUACAACAGAGGACAAGUGCUUAGUUUUUUGCAUAUGCUUCCCAAUCUAAAAUUAAUUCAUUCCACAUGAAAACCAUUACUUAGAGGAAAACGACUGAUGCAGGAGUUCUCAAAACGAGCCUAUGCUUUUACGCAUGCGCAGAAUCAAGAAACGACAACGUACUAAUGAGGGAUCUUAAAUUACGCGAUGAAGAUCAGCUGAUCCACCUUGUCAACAAGUUCUUUGAGCAACGUUUCGAAAAGUUUUUCCAUUACAGUGAAACGUUUAAAGGAUACUGUUUUUUGCAAUCGAGAAACCAAAAGUACAAUAUUGUUGUGAUCACAGAAAACUUCAAGUAACUGCUGUAAGGAGCAGACGGUAUAUCAGCUUAUUUUGAUAGGGAAAUUAUCUCAAAAUUCCCCAUCUAGGUAAUUUUGGCCUGGCCGUAUCCAGCCGAAAUGUUCAUAGCAAGUAACGUUUGUGCCAAACUACCUCAAAGCACCAUGUCUCUGAAGCAGUUUAUGCUGCGUAGAGAAGCAAUCUUAUUAUACAGAAACAUUCUGAGGCAAGCCCAGCGUCUUCCAGAUAAAAAUCAACGCAAAGAAAUAAGGGAUUGGACUCGUGCUGAAUUUGAAAUGCACAGACACCAAGAAAAGGAGGAAGUUAUCAAGCAGUUAAUUUUCCAGGGGAAGAAACAAUUAGAACAAUUAGAAGUAACUGUUAAACUGGCAAAUUCAUAGGAUUUUUAAAUUGACUAAGUGAUAAUGUAUAUACAGUACCUAUUUAUUUACUGCCUAUUUUAUUAUAAAACUAAGACUCAUA